UUUCCGUUAGCUGCAGAAGGCUGAGGCGCGCCACCGGCCACCUCCCCACGUGAAGCAGUUGUGCGAGCAUCGCCACGCCGGGCAGCUGUCUACCCGCGUCCGAGCGCUCCGGAAGCGGCGGGGGACCGGAAGUGGCCCGCGGAGGCUGCAGAGCUAGUCCGGGAACCCGCUGUGAGGCGACUGGCAGCAGCGCUACGACGGCGCCAUGUCCCUGAUCUGCUCGAUCUCCAAUGAAGUGCCAGAGCACCCAUGCGUGUCCCCUGUCUCUAAUCAUGUGUAUGAGCGGCGACUCAUUGAGAAGUACAUUGCAGAGAAUGGCACAGAUCCUAUCAACAACCAGCCUCUCUCAGAGGAGCAGCUCAUCGACAUCAAAGUUGCUCACCCAAUCCGGCCCAAGCCUCCCUCUGCCACCAGCAUCCCAGCCAUUCUGAAAGCUUUGCAGGAUGAGUGGGAUGCAGUCAUGCUGCACAGCUUCACUCUUCGCCAGCAGCUGCAGACAACCCGCCAGGAGCUGUCCCAUGCUCUGUACCAGCAUGAUGCUGCCUGCCGAGUCAUUGCCCGGCUCACCAAGGAAGUCACUGCUGCUCGAGAAGCUCUGGCUACUCUGAAACCACAGGCUGGUCUUAUUGUACCUCAGGCUGUGCCAAGCUCACAGCCCAGUGUUGUGGGUGCAGGAGAGCCCAUGGAUUUGGGUGAGCUGGUGGGAAUGACCCCUGAGAUUAUCCAGAAGCUUCAAGACAAGGCCACUGUGCUAACCACAGAGCGUAAGAAGAGAGGAAAGACUGUCCCUGAGGAGCUGGUGAAACCUGAAGAGCUUAGCAAGUAUCGGCAGGUGGCCUCCCAUGUGGGGCUACACAGUGCUAGCAUUCCUGGGAUUCUCGCUCUGGACCUGUGUCCCUCAGACACCAACAAGAUUCUCACUGGUGGGGCAGAUAAAAAUGUUGUUGUCUUUGAUAAGAGUACUGAGCAAAUCCUGGCCACUCUCAAAGGCCAUACCAAGAAGGUCACCAGUGUGGUGUUUCAUCCUUCUCAGGAACUGGUGUUUUCUGCGUCCCCUGAUGCUACUAUCAGGAUUUGGUCGGUCCCAAACACUUCUUGUGUACAGGUUGUUCGGGCCCAUGAGAGUGCGGUGACAGGCCUCAGUCUCCAUGCUACUGGAGACUAUCUGCUGAGCUCCUCUGAUGAUCAGUACUGGGCCUUCUCUGACAUCCAGACAGGGCGAGUGCUUACCAAGGUGACAGAUGAGACUUCCGGCUGCUCUCUUACCUGUGCACAGUUCCACCCUGAUGGGCUCAUCUUUGGAACAGGAACCAUGGACUCCCAGAUCAAGAUCUGGGACUUGAAGGAGCGUACCAACGUGGCCAACUUCCCUGGCCACUCUGGCCCCAUUACCAGCAUCGCCUUCUCUGAGAAUGGGUACUACCUGGCCACGGCAGCUGAUGACUCCUCAGUCAAGCUCUGGGACUUACGCAAGUUGAAGAACUUCAAGACAUUGCAGCUGGACAACAACUUUGAGGUGAAGUCACUAAUCUUUGACCAGAGCGGUACCUACCUGGCGCUUGGGGGUUCAGAUGUCCAGAUCUACAUCUGCAAACAGUGGACAGAGAUUCUUCACUUUACAGAGCAUAGUGGCCUGACCACUGGAGUGGCCUUUGGACACCACGCCAAGUUCAUUGCUUCAACUGGCAUGGACAGGAGCCUCAAAUUCUACAGUCUGUAGGCCCUAUGCCUUCUCACAGUUCUGGGCCUCAUCUCAGUAGUGGGUUAGAGUUAGAGGGUGGGGGUGGGGGUGGGACUUUAGAAGGAAAGGGGGGUCUGGUGGGGGGGGUACAUUCACAUCAUUUCAUUCUGGUCUGGAUGAUGGUCUGAGCCAGGGCACAUGGAACACUGCUAUCCAUGCAGCCUUGGGGCCCCAGGGGAUGGACAUGGAGGACCUGUCACCCUGUAGAAUGCUCAGUCGGAGUCCAGAACCUCCCCCAGUGGUGGCAGCUGUUCCAUGCCUGCUCUGUCUUAGCUCUUCUGAGACAGGGAGGCGAGCCAAGGGAACUGUGAAGGGGAGGGGCAGGAGGGCUCUUGCAGGUUUUUGUAAGCAGUGAUCUAGUUUCAUUAAAAAAAAAAAAGCCACACAGUAAACAGUCA